AUGGCCUUUCUUGGUGCACUCGUAAUGCUCUUGCCUGUUGCGUGGACCUGCCCUGCCCAGAAAGCAGACUACGUGAUGGUGUCGUGUUUCCCCAACGCCAUCAUCGCCAAUGUCCCUGAAUGCCCUUACGGCUGGGAGAUUGACCAGUUGUCCCUGGGCGGCGUCUGUUACUCUGGGAUCCACAGCCCGGGCUACUUCCGCUUCAUCAUCCCAGACCUAACGCCCAAAAACCACUCGUACUGCGGCACACAGUCCGAGUACAUGCCCGGCAAAGACCCCAAGUACAUCUUCUACAACUCCAUCGUGUCCAACGACACUUCCCUCACAGUCAGAAACCAGCCGGUCAACUACACCUUCAGCUGCACGUACCGAGCCGCCUACCUGGUGAACAACGCCGUCUUCAGCCAAAGAGUGGCUACAGUUUAUGUCAACAACGGGAGUUUAGGCACUUUUAGAUCACAGUUGUCUAUGAACGCGUUCACGAAUUCAAAGUUCCUGUAUGCCAAGGAUGCUCCCUACGUGAUCAACACUUCUGAGAUCGGCUCGGAGGUUUUCAUUGGGAUCGAGGCAAAGGGACUAAGUAACAGAUUCAAAGUUGUAAUCAACAACUGCUGGGCCACGCCCAGUCCGUACUCCACGGACAGGAUGAGGUGGAGUCUCGUCAUCAGCAGCUGCCCCUCCGACAACACCGUGACGAUUUUUGAGAACGGCAAAGACAGCCGCUCCAUGUUCAAGUUCAACUCCUUCCGCUUCCAGCGGCUGGAGAAGGUGUCCACCGUCUGGCUCCACUGUGAGGUCCACGUGUGUGAUGGAGAGAGACUCGUCUGUCAGCCAAGCCCCUGCUCUGCCAGGAGCCUGUCGUCCGAGGCCGAGCCGAGUGGAGGGAUCCUUUCUGCCGAGUUUCACGUUAAAGGUAAUGGAACUUCCAAUAAGGGACAUGUACCAGGCGCCUCACUGUCCGUCCUGCUGGUGGUCCUGAUAAACUCUUGCUGUGGUUUACUUCAUGAGUUGGAAAUGAAGUAAAAGCUUAACUCUCACAUAAACCCAAACACACUGUGAGGACUGUCACCCAGGACUCAGGAAUCAAUAUGAUCACUCAAAUAAAGGAUUGUCUCAUCAUCUCACAUGUAUUGUUUGAAAUUAGCACAUUUAUUGAUGCUUUGGAUGUUCUUUUUUAAAGCCACAUACAGCUUUAUCCAAUAAAGAUUCAUUGAAAAUUAAAACAAUACGCUUCUCGUUUGAUCCCGUUUUGUUCUAAAUUAUGCACAAAUCUUUAAAAGAUCUGUACUGAUGAA